UGCUGUUAUAAAUCAGAUAGAUGAUCUUUCAUUCACUUUAUUACCUGAUAUCAGAGGAAAUGGGUCGCACUUUACCAAUUCCUGUACCCUGUAAAGUUUGUGGAGAUAAAUCUUAUGGUAAACACUAUGGUGUAUAUUGCUGUGAUGGUUGUAGCUGUUUUUUCAAGAGAAGUAUCCGAAGAAGAAUCGUUUAUACCUGCAUAGCCGGAACGGGAAGAUGCUUAAUUGACAAAGCCAGGAGGAACUGGUGUCCGUUUUGCAGAUUACAAAAGUGUUUUUCAGUCAGCAUGAACAGAAACGCUGUUCAAGAAGAAAGAGGUCCCAGAAAGAAUAAGCGACAGAAAAGCAUUAGAAAUAUAGAAACUAAACAUUCUACAUCAAGUCCCAACAGGAAUGCUGUGACAUCGCCGUAUAUUCUGUCGACAUCUUUAGUGUUGAGCCCUUCUAUAGUUCAUGGGAAAACCUUUAAUGAGACAUCAGAUGUAACGUUUAACCAAACACAAGGAAGUGCUUUCCGUAGAGUGAUACCUCACAAAGAUUUACAUCCAUUUUCUGUCUCUAUGACUUCUAUGACAUUGAGUUCAUUGCCUAUUGGAAAUCAUUUUAUUUUCAACGUGUCUGUUAACAUAUUGAUAAAUUGCAUUAAAAUGGCUCGUUCAAACAAUAUUUUUCGAGUUCUACCAAUAGAAGAUCAAAACAGCAUUUUAAACGAAGUGUGGGCAGAAUUAUUUCUACUCCAAGCCGCUUAUUGGCCAAUCGAUAUAAUAGCUUUAGCCAAACAUUGGGAAGCGGAGUCGAAAAUGGGCGUGGUUAAAACCGGUCAGGUCAACCUUUCAGUUAACGUGACAGACAACGUUUUAAUGAAAAAAAUUCAAAAUGCCAUCGAUCAAUGUAAAGAAUUAGAAUUGGAUCAAAUCGAAAAAUCUUUAUUGGAAUCAAUAAUAUUAUGCCGUAAAGAUUGCAUUGUUAAUUGCCAAUACGUCGACGGAAUGUUGGAUCACGCUCAAACAGUCAUGUGGCAAUAUAUGAUACAUUCACGUCAUCGCAGUGCCAAUUAUUUUGGAAAAUCUCUCUUAGUUUUGCCGACAUUAAGAAGUGUAUCUCAAAUAUCGGUAGAAGAUAUUUUAUUCAAUCGCAAACGAAAUAUACUCUACAAUCUUUUAAAAAAUUUCUAAUAAUUUCAUUGGAAAAAAUGUAAUAAAAAUAUAAAUCUAAAACAUAAAUUAUUGUGAAUAAUAUAAAAAAAGAAAUCUUUGCAUGUAAUCUCAUCCUGCAGCCAUAUUGUAUCCUUAGA